ACCCUGUGUGCGCGCUCCCGACACACACAGCCGUUCGCGUUGUGUCGGAUUUGCUUGUUUGUUUCUGUCUGCAGAACCGAUUCAUUUUUUGGGGUCUAUCAGCGAACAUGCCGGCCGUUUCAAAGGGAGAUGGGAUGCGUGGCCUGGCGGUGUUCAUCUCCGAUAUCCGGAACUGCAAAAGCAAAGAGGCUGAGAUAAAGAGGAUAAACAAAGAGCUGGCAAAUAUCCGCUCGAAGUUUAAAGGAGACAAAGCGCUGGAUGGCUACAGUAAGAAGAAAUAUGUCUGCAAGCUGCUGUUUAUUUUCCUCCUGGGUCAUGAUAUCGAUUUCGGACACAUGGAGGCAGUCAACCUGUUGAGCUCCAACAGAUACACUGAGAAGCAGAUUGGUUACCUGUUCAUCUCCGUGCUGGUGAAUUCAAACAGCGAGCUGAUUCGGCUCAUCAGCAGUGGCAUUAAGAACGACCUGGCCAGCCGCAACCCCACCUUCAUGAACCUGGCCCUGCACUGCAUCGCCAAUGUGGGCAGCCGCGAGAUGGCAGAGGCCUUCACUGCAGAAAUCCCCAAGAUCCUGGUCGCUGGUGACACCAUGGACAGUGUGAAGCAGAGUGCUGCCCUGUGCUUGCUGCGGUUGAACAGGACCUCCCCGGACCUUGUGCCCAUGGGGGAGUGGACCUCGCGGGUGGUGCAUCUCCUCAAUGAUCAGCACCUGGGAGUGGUGACGGCCGCCACCAGUCUGAUCACUACUCUGUCACAGAAAAACCCUGAAGAGUUCAAGAUGUCUGUGCCCCUGGCAGUGUCGAGGCUCAGCAGGAUCGUGACCUCCGCAUCAACAGACCUCCAGGACUACACGUACUACUUUGUGCCUGCCCCAUGGCUCUCAGUCAAGCUUCUUCGUCUUCUGCAGUGCUAUCCGCCCCCAGAGGACGCUGCAGUGCGUGGGCGUCUGACUGAAUGUCUGGAGACCGUCCUGAAUAAAGCCCAGGAGCCGCCCAAAUCCAAGAAAGUCCAGCACUCCAACGCUAAGAACGCGGUCCUGUUUGAAGCCAUCAGCCUGAUAAUCCAUCACGACAGUGAGCCAAACCUGCUGGUCAGAGCUUGUAACCAGCUGGGACAGUUCCUGCAGCACCGGGAGACUAACCUGAGGUACCUGGCCCUGGAGAGCAUGUGUACGCUGGCCAGCUCCGAGUUCUCCCACGAGGCCGUCAAGACUCACAUAGAGACCGUCAUCAACGCACUGAAGACAGAGAGAGAUGUGAGUGUGAGGCAGAGGGCUGUGGACCUGCUGUACGCAAUGUGUGACCGGAGCAAUGCUCAGCAGAUUGUGGCAGAGAUGUUGAACUACCUGGAAACUGCCGAUUACUCCAUUCGGGAAGAGAUUGUGCUGAAGGUGGCGAUCCUGGCUGAGAAGUACGCCGUGGAUUACACCUGGUAUGUGGACACCAUCCUGAACCUCAUCCGCUUUGCGGGCGACUACGUGAGCGAGGAGGUCUGGUACCGAGUGAUCCAGAUCGUUAUCAACCGGGAUGACGUGCAGGGGUACUCGGCGAAAACAGUGUUCGAGGCUCUUCAAGCUCCUGCAUGCCAUGAAAAUCUGGUGAAGGUUGGCGGGUACAUUCUGGGAGAAUUUGGAAACUUGAUUGCUGGCGAUCCAAGAUCGAGCCCUCUAAUCCAGUUCAAUCUGCUGCACUCCAAGUUCCACCUGUGUAGCGUGCCCACCCGAGCCCUGCUGCUCUCCACCUACAUCAAGUUCGUGAACCUCUUCCCCGAGAUCAAGGCUACGAUCCAGGACGUGCUGCGCAGCGACUCCCAGCUGAGAAACGCGGACGUGGAGCUGCAGCAGCGAGCAGUGGAGUACCUGAGGCUGAGCUGCAUCGCCAGCACUGACAUCCUGGCGACUGUCCUGGAGGAGAUGCCCCCGUUCCCUGAGAGGGAGUCCUCCAUUCUGACCAAGCUGAAGAAGAAGAAGGGUCCCGGGAAGGUUCCCGAUAUGGAGGAGACUAAGAAAGAGAGGAACUCUGAUAUGAACGGAAGCACAGAGCCAGUGUCGGUCCGCUCCAGUGCUGUCACCACGUCGACCUCCACAGACCUCCUGAGCCUGGGUUCGGCCCCUGUGCUGAACUCUGUGACCCCUGCCUCCGCUGGGGGGAGCCUCCUGGUGGACGUGUUCUCCGACAACCCUCCCGCCAUCGCCUCGCUGGCCCCCUCUGCAGAAGAGAACUUCUCCAGCCCUGGCAUUGGUUCUGCUGAUGUCAUUUCUGAUGAUCCAGCUGCAACUGUGCAUGAUACUGAUGAACUGGUUGACAAAUUUGUGUGCAAAAAUAAUGGUGUACUGUUUGAAAACCAGCUGAUGCAAAUAGGACUUAAAUCCGAAUUCAGACACAAUCUGGGUCGGAUGUAUAUCUUCUAUGGAAACAAGACCUCCACUCAGUUUCAGAGUUUUUCUACAGCUGUCAUCUGUCAGGACGCUCUGAAAACUCAGCUAAAUAUUCAGACUAAACAGGUGGACCCAGCAGUGGACGGAGGAGCACAGGUACAACAGUUACUGAACAUCGAGUGUGUGUUGGACUUCGUGGAAGCGCCGAUUCUCAACAUUCAGUUCAGAUACGGAGGAGCCCUGCAGAACAUGUCUGUCAAGCUGCCCAUUACCCUCAAUAAGUUUUUCCAGCCCACGGAAAUGACAUCUCAAGACUUCUUCCAGCGUUGGAAACAGCUCGGCGCUCCACAGCAAGAGGUGCAGAAGAUUUUUAAAGCAAAGCAUCCUAUGGACACAGAGGUUACGAAGGCCAAGAUCAUUGGUUUUGGUGUAGCCCUGCUGGACAUGGUAGACCCCAACCCUUCUAACUUUACAGGGACUGGAGUAAUCCACACGAAAAACGUUCAGGUGGGAUGUUUACUGCGGUUAGAGCCGAACACACAAGCUCAGAUGUAUCGCCUUACGCUGCGGACAAGCAGGGAGACUGUGUCUCAGAGGCUGUGUGAGCUGCUGUCAGAACAGUUUUAAUUGCUGACCAUUUGGAAGAAAGAAAGAAAGCUUUCUUUCUACACCCAGGACCCACAAGCUGUCCUAUUACAGACAGACAUUCUCUCAUACACCUGUGCUUUAAAACCUGAUGUCCGUGUCCAUCCAAAUCCCUUGGCAUUGUAAAAUUUGAUCAUUUUUGUUUUGUCAUUCCAGUUUGAAAUUCUACAUUGUACAGUGUGUGUUAGUUUUGUUUUAUUUUUUGUUUUGUUUUUUUAUAACUAUCGUAGUCAGCUUUACUAAUUCACCUGUUUUUGAUAAGCAAAAUAUGUUGUCAUCUUUUCAUAAAUACGUGUGUGUGUGUGUGUGUGUAUACACACACACGCACACGCGUAUGUGUGUGUGUGUAUACCAAAACAGUGAAGGGAAUGUGACUGGAUUUUUAAAAUGUUGCUGAUGCUGUAUCUUGUGACCUGAAGAGAUCAUUUGUCUUGUAAGCAAAUGCACUUGACAGAUGCUUAGUGAAAUUAAAAUAAUCACUUUUUGGAUACUGGAAAUCUAUUUUGAGUACAUUGGGAGCUCAUUGUUGGGGUCAAGGUGGGGAUGUGUGUGUUUUAUAGGGAACCUUAAAAUCUCUUAAUGUUCUAAAAAUCUCCUCGUCAGAAUUACCUAAUUAAUGUUGCUGCUGGUUAUCUUGCAGGGAUAAAGACCAGUUAUAGCCGGUUUUAAUGUACAGCUAGAAUCAGAAAUACUGAGUGUGAAGCUGGGUAAGAGUCUCUUGCAGUUGCACUCUGUUAAAAUCUGUUUUACUGGGCAACCCAGAUUUUACUGUGUCCAGCAAGGCUGUCAUUAUUGUAUUUGGAAAUAUAAUCUCCAGUAUCCUCAGCACAGUGGGGAGCAGUACUGCCUGACUGGACUGUAUUGUAGGAAUAAAUGAAUGAAGAUAUUUAAAUUUGGGCAGCAGAUUUCUACGCUUGUGGUGAGUUUCUCUCUCAUAUACACGUGCUUGUUACAGAAGCCUGUUGUUUAUUCCCGGUACAGAGAUGUUAAUGUGUACAUGGCUGCUUCUAGUCACAAAGCCCCUGCCAAGUACACGUGGUCUGGAGUUUUAGCAGCUGUCUUAGGAGAAAGUCUGCUUGACCUCUGUCAAAAGCAUUGACCUGCCUUUUUCUCUCUUUUUUUUAUAUUAAUGAGAUGCCUUUUUUGUUGCAGGUGUUGCCAUGUGUAAGGUUCCAGCGAUUUAGCUACAGAAUAUAUCUUUCAAUCAAUUUCGUGUUUUUUUUUUUUUUUUUUUUUGUGAUGCCUGCAUAUCUGUAAACUCCAAUGGAUGAAACCAGUGGUUUAAAAUGUGCUCUUCUAACAGAUGAUUUAUAAUUGUUGGUAAAAAGCAUGAUGGGUAUUCCAUUCUGUCAUUGAAAGCAGUGAAAUUAUUUCUUUGAUGCUCGUGAAGUGUCACAAGGAGACAAAUGGGAUAAAUGCAGUACAUGUUUAUUAAAUCAGCAUAUAAUUACAAAUCAGCUAUCGUUAGAAUUAGACAUCUGUUUACUUCAAGUGGUAAAUCAGUGAUUUGGUAAAGACUUACAAGAAACAGAAUAUAUUGUUUACAUUUUUAAAAGUAUUUAUUUAUUUCUGCCAUUUGAUCUCUUGCACUUUAAUGAUUUUGGCCAUUUUUUCCGUUUUUCUAGCCAUUUUCGUCUGUCAACAUUUGUGUUCCUCUUACUGCCUUUGCUCGUUUGACCAUUUUUUGUUCCCCGCAAUGCUUUCCUAAGAGGCAUUCUUGAUGUAGGAAACUGUAGUUAUGUCAUUCCUGGAAUUCUCCUCACUGUCAGAUGUUUUUGGUAUUUGCGAUCCAUCACAUUGGUCUUUUGUGCACUGGCAUGACUGUAUGUUGGCUAUCUUCAUUAUCUUUCUGCUGUGGUCAGGACAGAGCAUCUCUACUUCCUGCCAAGUUAUUUCUCCUUUGCAGCAGCUGCAAAAUUGUUCUAGUUGAGGUGGCAUUGUGGAAUAGUCAUACCUGUCAUAUAAAAGAAAAAGCCACUCAAACUACAUGCAUGAUUCUGAAGCGUGAUGGUAAUGCAAUUAACCACAUGUGCAUUUUAGUCCCAGCAAUACGGUGCUGCAAGGUUAUUCAUGUUUCUAUAUGACCCUCUGGAAGGCAAUGUCCCCUUUUGAAAAUAAGACAUGUGAUUGCAUGGAGCAAACACAGGAGGGCCAAGAUAAUCUUUGGCUCUGCUGACUUAUCAAAAAAGGAUUUUCAGAGAAUAGUAUAUUCAGCAUUACAAGGUUUUAUUUUUACUAAUAACACCUCUCUUGGAUCAGUGCAAUGCAAAACAGCUGUCUGGUGAAGGUAAAAAGCACAUAUCUGAUUUUACUGUCUCUGCGGAGAAAGGGGGACUCAGUUUUCCACCCUCAAUAGCCAGCUCUAUUUUCCAGCCUCUAUAGACACGAACAUGCCUUGCUUUGACUAUACUGGAAAUCAGUGUGCUGUUGUGUGCCUGUGCACACAUGCUUAUUAUCUUACACUUGGAUACCAUGUAUGUGUUUUUAGAUCAAAUAGUCAUGAUAUUUGAUUAGUAGUUAUUUUGAUUUGUAGGACCAUAUUGUUUUAUACAAAUGAAACAUUGCACUUGAUUCUUGGUUAAAUUUGUACAGCAUCUUACCAUGAUUCAGAAUUGCAGGAUCCUAUGCAUCUGUUUGUCUGAAUGGUCCCAUUGCAACCCUGGAUAACUACUGCCUUAUAUUCACCGACAAGCUGACAAGCGGAAAUAGUAGAUUCUAAACAAAAUAUGAAUACAACAAAAAUACAGUAUUGCUGGGCUGAUACCGGCUAAGGUUACAUGCAAGAUCAAGAAAUACAAAUUUCCCUCCCUUCUCCCGAAAUUCGACAUUUUCAUUUUGGUAAAAUUGGUAAGCAGGGUAUUAAGCAUUUGUUUUAUGGUAAACAGCCAUUACGUAUAUGAAAUAAGCUAAAACUACUUAAAGUUAUCUGCUGAGUAUUCAAGAAUGAGAGUCAAAAUAAAAGUAAUACACGCCACUUA